CAAAAAGCAGCAUUUUGUUAUUAGUGUCGUUGACCAGUCAUAUCUGUAAAACGCUCCAGGGCUUUGUAACUGUAAACAUCUGUUCGACGUGACCGUGUAGGGCGCCGCUAAGGUAGGCUAUUUGUAAUCUGUGCAAGAAAAGGCUACCAGCUGAAAUGCUUCCUGACAGUUGUGUAAAGCGAGACAUAGAAGACAUGGAUUACCCACCAACAACUGGUGGUGGUACGUAUGAUGCGGUGCGUCUGAAGGAAAACAAUACAGAGAUCAACACAGUCCACGAUCAGAGGAUAAAGAACCUGUGGGAAACUCCAAUCACGUGACACAGGCGCCCAUGCUAUUGGACAAAAGUGCGCAGGCCCCUUCAGUUUGAAUCUUCACCAUGCAGAAAGCCACGUACUAUGACAACACUGGGCUGUUUGGAGGCUAUUCAUACCCGAAGUCUGAUUCCUACAGCUAUGGCACAUCCCACCAGCCUUACUCCACGUCCAAUAUGGAUAGUGAAUAUCAGGGUCCAAUUUGUCCCAUGCAAACAGCAUCUGUCCGGCCACCUGCCCAUAAAAACAGUGACCUAAAUGGCAGCUGUAUGAGACCAAGUGGCAGUCAAGGCAACAGCCAACCAGAGAGUAUUGGUGAACAGCCCCAAGCACCACCUUUGGCUGCCACCUCGCCCAACUCCAGCAGCACUUCAUCUCAGAAAAAGAAAUCCCCCACCACCAAUGCUUCGAAUACUGCCAACCCUGUCAUUACUAAGCAGAUCUUUCCAUGGAUGAAGGAGACCAGACAGAACUCAAAGCAGAAAGGCAACACUGUUGCAGCAGCAGGUGAAACCUGUGAUGAUAAGAGUCCACCCGGACCAGCCUCCAAACGGGUGCGCACGGCCUAUACAAGUGCCCAACUGGUCGAGCUUGAGAAGGAGUUCCAUUUCAACCGGUAUCUUUGUCGUCCCCGAAGAGUGGAGAUGGCUAAUUUAUUGAAUCUAACGGAGCGCCAAAUAAAGAUCUGGUUUCAAAACAGGAGGAUGAAGUACAAAAAGGAUCAGAAAGCCAAGGGGAUAAUGCACUCUCCUCUGGGACAUUCUCCGGACAGAAGCCCACCGUUAAGUGGCCCGAAUCAUAUUGGAUAUUCUGGUCAACUCCCAAAUGUAAACAGUCUCACCUAUGAUGCGCCUUCGCCUCCGUCAUUCGCUAAGCCACAACAAAACAUGUACGGCUUGGCUGCGUACACAGCACCAUUGGGUGGUUGCAUACCGCAACAGAAAAGGUAUCCUAGCACAGAUUAUGAACACCACAGCAUGCAAGGCAACGGAAGCUUUGCCAACGCUAAUUUACAAGGCAGUCCAGUCUACGUUGGGGGGAAUUUCGUUGAUUCCAUGCCAGCUUCGGGCCCCAUGUUCAACCUCGGCCAUCUCCCACAUCCCUCAUCCGCCAGUGUGGACUACAGCUGUGCCGCUCAGAUUCCAGGCAACCACCACCAUGGACCCUGUGACCCCCAUCCCACAUACACAGACCUCACCUCUCACCAUGCGUCUCAGGGAAGGAUUCAGGAAGCGCCUAAACUAACGCAUUUGUAAGGAUUCCAUUGGUGUGCCCAAGCGCUCUUUUAUUACCUCACUAGUUUAAAAGUAAUUUAUAUAACUGCGCUCCCAGAGAGUCAUACAUAUUACCCCGUAUUGCUAUUGAUAUUACUAUUACUGCUAUGAUUGUAAUUAUUUUUUAAAAAUAGCUGUGGUCCAUUUCUAUUGACUGUUGAUGGUGUGCGCAAGGGAGUGUUUGUCAGUUGUUCCAUUUUCUAAGAGCAAUGCGCAAUAUAAGGAACAUUUCAUAAGGUAUUAGCCUACUUGAAGGUAAGUCCUGUAGAUCUGACAGUAUUAGACAGCCAUCUUUAGAGGAUGAAAUUUGUAGAAUAAUAUAAUAAUAAAAAAAAUAUGGACUCAUUGUUAAGUCGUCUGGUUAGGCAUCUGUACUCUGAAUCUGUUCCUGGUUCAAUCCACUUUUAUUUAUUUUAUUUUCCUGAGACUGUAUGGCAAACAUGUAUUGCGACUGAUUGUAAUAUUUAUUAUUUAAUGUUUUGUUUUGUAUCGCGCAUUAUUUAUCAUAUCAUGUAGGCUAUUUAUAUGAACACAUGUAGAAUUUAUGCACCGUUUAUUGGACAAAUUCAUUAGAUGUCGAAACCAUCAACUGGUCCCAAAUAAGUUGGAUAUUUUUGAACAAUGGUAUUGGCUGGUGUGUUUUGGUGUAAAGAGUUCCCCAUUGUAAAUCUGGUAAAACUGGGCGAGGAGUCAUUGCAAUCAUUAGUUCAAAAGCUGAUUCUGUUGGUAAUGCACCAGCAUGUCAUUCUCAUGUCUUUGCCCAAAUCAUCCAAGAUGAAUCUUAUUUUGCAAGGUGGAUGGUCCAUACAUAAAAAAAUGACAAAACGGUAAUGAUAUGGAAAUGUUAUAUUUUAUUGUGUUACACAUUUUGUAAAUAAAGUGCUUAA